CCGUAAGUGACGUGACUACAACAUUAUCACAUGUCGGAGAGAAAGUAGAAUCACUGCCUAACGAACCCAUGUCUUUGGGAGGGUGCGGUCACGUUACCAAGGCGCUGAUGGGAGCAACCAAGGAAGCGGUCCUUUAAGGACGCGGGUCGGGGCGCUAGGUGGUCUUCACGGGACUCUCCUCGGGACACGGGUGUCCGAAACCGAUGCUGCCAGUAUGGAGGGAGAGGCCAUCUCCACCCUGUCUACCCCUGCUCUGGUGUUGGAUGUGGACAAAGUGAAGAGAAAUGCCCAGAGGAUGAUCGAACGCUGUCAGAAUUUGGGGGUCCAGCUCCGGCCACACGUGAAGACACACAAAACCCUUGAGUGCGCUGACAUAAUGACAGGUGGAUCACGGAGGUGCAUCGUGGUUUCCACGCUGGCAGAGGCCUGUUUCUAUGCCGACCACGGGUUUGAUGACAUCCUCUAUGCGUACUCUCUUCCCUUUGAUAAGGUGGAGCGCUGUGCAGCCCUGUCAGAGCGGCUGGAUCUCUUCCAAGUUUUACUGGAUCAUCCUGAUGCUCUGGAUCAGCUCAAAAAGAGACCACUGAGAGACGGUCGGCUGUGGCAUGUCUGGCUCAAACUGGACUGUGGCAACGGGAGAGCUGGUGUCCUGCACUCAGACCCUGAGGCGCUCAGGUUGGCUCAGGCCAUCGCCAAGACGGAGGGUGUGGAGCUGACAGGAGUGUACGCUCACUGUGGGAACAGCUAUAACUGCAGAGGAGUGGAGCAGAUACAGGCCGUCGCCCAGGAGACCACCAACCUAACUCUGCAGUUCAUGGAAAAAUUGAAGGCUGUCGGUAUCACCUGUAAGUCCAGCAUUGGCUCCACCCCUUCCUGUAGUCACCCAGUCAAAGACAUGGGGCAGCUCAGCGAGGUACAUCCUGGAAACUACGGCUUCUACGAUGUGCAGCAGUCUGUGAUUGGUUCAUGCACUCUGGACGAUGUGGCUGUGAGGGUUUUGACGAGAGUCAUCGGACACUGUCCUCACAGGAACCAGCUCCUGAUUGACUGUGGAUGGACUGGCAUCAGUCAUGAAAAUAAAGAAAACGCAUUGAAUGAGAAGGUGUGUCCAAACUUUUGGCCUGUACUGUACAUAUUUCUCUCCAGGUUGUUGUCUAUGACCCAGGAGCACGGCAGAGUGGAGCCCAUGUCGGGACAGCUGGACUAAAGUAAAUACCCCCUGGGCUCUCUGCUCACUCUGAUCCCCUACCAUUCGUGUGCAAGUGCAGCGAUGCAUCCCGUGUACUAUGUGCACUCUGAGGGCCGUCUGGUGGGGAAGUGGACACCAACACGUGGCUGGUGAACAGCUCAAUCAUACAUCACCUUGUUAGGAUAGCUACAUGAACCCUGGAAGAACAACUUCCUCGAGCUACUCCUGCUACCUGUAGUUCAUUCCAAAGUAUAAAUGUAGAGCUAUUCCAUAAUCACGGAUUAUCUACUUUUUGUACACUUACUCCCCAGUUUGUUUGUUUUUUAUCUGAAGCAACAUGGAGGAAAUAAGGGAAAAAACACAUCUGUCUGCUUUUAAAUGAUUAAAUAAAUAAAUCUUUCUUUCUUUCUUA